UUACAGUGCGGGAAGUAAAAGCACUUCCUCCUUCCUAUCACAGCUGUAGUAAAGAAACCAGCCAGUCUAACAGGAGCGCUGACAUUCUUGGCAAUGGGGACCGUGAAGGUCGUCCGCCGCUGUUUCUGCUCACUUCCCUGCGCGUCUUAACGGUAACGGCCGAUGUCACCGGGUUCAACCAGGAAAACUGUUCAGUUUUUGUGACUAAAAGCGGUCGGAAGUCAGGUCUUUGUAGCACAAUGGCUGCGACGUAGCGCAACUUUUUUUCUUUUUUUUUGGUGGAUGAUCGACAGCGUUCGUUGGUGCCGCAAACUUUUUACGGACUUGUAGGAAGAAGCUCACGAGACUUGCAACAUGAAGAAGCAGUUUAAUCGUAUGAAGCAACUUGCCAACCAGACUGUUGGAAGGGCUGAAAAAACUGAGGUCCUGAGCGAUGACCUCCUGCAGAUCGAGAGGCGGCUGGAGCUGGUUCGUUUGGUGUCUCACAACACGCACAAGAGGCUGGUGUUCUGUCUGCAAGGUCAGCUGGGCACAGACACAGAGAAGAGACAUAAAAAGCUGCCCUUGACCGGGCUGUCCCAGACCAUGCAGGAGGGCGGCAGUCAGCUUGGAGAAGAGAGUUUGAUUGGCAAGAUGAUGGAUGUGUGUGGCGAAGCCGAGAGCAAGUUGGCUUCUGAACUGCUGCAGCAUGAAAUGCAGAUGGAGAAAGACAUUCUGGAUCCUCUCAACCAGCUGGCAGAGGUAGAGAUUCCUAACAUACUGAAACAGAGAAAGCAGCUUGCUAAGCUGGUUCUCGAUUAUGACUCUGCAAAAACACGGUGGUUACAGGCGACCAAGUCCACCAAUCAAGCCAUGGCAGCUAAAGUUGACUCGCUCAAAGACGAGAUGGAUGAGGCACUCAAUAAAGUAGAAAUAUGCAAGGACCAGCUCUCUGCAGACUUGUACAACUUUGCUUCUAAAGAGGGAGACUAUGCACGCUAUUAUGUCAUGUUAUUAGAGACCCAGGCAGAGUACCACAGGAGGUCUCUGGCAGCUCUGGAAGCAGUUAUACCCACCAUCCAGACACAGCAAGAUUCCUGGAUAGAGAAGCCGGCGUUUGGCACGGCGCUGGAGGAGCAUCUGAAAAGGACCAACCGUGAGAUCGCUCUGCCGAUUGAGGCCUGCGUCAUGAUGCUGCUUGAGACCGGCAUGAAGGAGGAGGGUCUAUUUAGAAUUGCUGCUGGAGCUUCAAAAUUGAAAAAGUUGAAAGCAGCGCUGGACUGCUCCACCUCGCAGCUCGAGGGCUUCUACUCUGAUCCCCAUGCCGUGGCUGGAGCUCUCAAGUCCUACCUCAGGGAACUUCCUGAACCUCUAAUGACAUUUAGUCUUUACGAUGAGUGGAUACAGGCCUCCAACAUCUUAGACUCUGACAAAAGACUUCAGGCCUUGUGGGUGACGUGUGACCAUUUGCCAAAGGCCCACAAAGCCAACUUCAGGUAUCUGGUGAAGUUCUUGGCUAAACUGGCUCAGGACAGUGAUGUUAAUAAAAUGACUCCCAGCAACAUCGCAAUAGUCCUGGGGCCUAACCUGCUGUGGUCGAAGACAGAAGGGACGCUGGCAGAGAUGGCAGCAGCUACAUCUGUGCAUGUACUUGCCAUCAUUGAGCCUAUUAUCCAACACGCUGACUGGUUCUUCCCUGAAGAGGUGGACUUCAACGUGUCAGGCAUGUUCUCCUUGCCCAGCCAUCCACCGACCCCGGACCUCGAAUCUAGCCUGGACAGGAAACGCCCCGGCAGCAUGGGGCAGGACGGGGACAGUCACACCCCUCGUAAAGACAGCCCUGUUAACAAACAGCCGGAGCCCGCUCCUCGCAGAACCAGCGUCUUAAAUAGAAAGCAGUCACCACUAACCUCACCCACCUUCCAACCCCCAUUGCCCCCUCUGGAAGCCGGGACUCCUACACAGCUCGAACCCCAUCCUCCUCCUCCUCCUUCAGAGGCUGAGCAGCCUGGCUUGAGUGUUGCUGGCAGUGGUGGUGGUGGUGGUGGUGGUCUGGUUGGUGGGGUCCAGGUAGCCACAGUGCAACAUCAGGUUGUAACCCAGCUCAGCACAGAGGAGAGCAGCCCGGCCCGUGAGCACAUGUCCACCCCGCCUCCGCAGAGGAAUGGUUCAGCGGUCCAUCUCGCUGUAGGAACCCCACAUCCUCAGGGAAGCUCCAAAGGGCCUAGUCCACACAUGGUCCGCAGAGGCACCAAGAAGCAAGCCCCAGCCCCACCCAAACAGGCCAGCCCGUUUGCCUCUCAGCUCAGUAACACCCAAGCACCUGGUUCCCCACAGCACCCACCCAUCACGCCCCGUCGUGUCCACAGCAAAGAUGCCCUAAUCCAAGCUCCGAGCCAUCCACCCCCACAGCCGCCUACACCCCACCAAGCCCAGGGAGAGUCAGAGCACUCUCCCCCUAGCAGUCCCACCCCUCCUGACACUCCGCCUCACGAUGGCCUGCACUCCAACCCGCUCUUCCACUCUGGCUCUCUCCCUCGACCCUCGAGGCCACCUCCAAAACCCAAACCCCGUCCCAGCAUGCCACCGCCUCCGCAACCACAACCGACAGCAAAUGACAGCGGCAAUGGCAUGUGCAACUCGGCCUCCAAAAUCAUAACAGAAGGAGGCCUGGUUCUAAAGGGGAUUGGAAGAGCCAUCAUUCCUGAGGUGAUUGAGGACGAAGAAGGGGAAAGCUCUGCUGGUCAAGAGCCUGCCGCCACCACCACCACUACUACCACUAACACCCUCCCAGCCCUGAACCCAGACCCCAGCAUCCAGACAGAGAGCACCGCUUUUUAAAGUCUGGGCUUGACUCUUUAUGAUCAAACAUAAGACGGGGUAACUCAAAAUGAAAUCACUCCGGCUCUUCAAGCACCGCUCACAUGAUAUCAGAGUGUCGCUGGAAACGAAUGGCUGCCUUUUCCUCUGCUAUACUGACUCACACCAGAAACCUCAUCUUAAGCAAGUCGUUCAGACCACAAAGGCCCUGUCCAGCUAUCACUUUCCACAUUAGACUGCACAUUAAAUGGUUUGCUCCACAUACUGCUGGGUAUUCUCUGAUUGGACUGCAGGGCCUUGUGAGGAACAAGGCUAGCAGGGCUUUAACAUAAAACCUCAGCAAUAUCGCAGCUGGCUUCAGAAUGCUGGUAAAGUUAAUCUUUUUUUUUUAUAUUUUAAAUCUAUUACUAUUAAAUCUUCAAUUAUGCAAAUACUUCUUUAAAAAAUGUGAAUCUGGUUUUACCACAUAAACCCUUCAAUGGGCAUUCCAAAAGCACAGCUGUAAGUUUUAAACAGCUGCUACUGAUGAAUAUAUGAUGAAGCAAAAGAAAAAAAAUGUUCAGUGAGUAAAUAAAUUCCCUCAUGUCCACAGCAAUACUAUGAAGGACCAAAGGAAAUGACUGUUAGCCAAAGCAAACUGAGUUCAAAUGUUGAGCCAUUGUUAUGGUUGCUAAUGACCAAAUAUUUUAGUGUGAGUGCAAUAUAACAGUUUCUCUUCCACUGCUGUCCCAUCCCAGCGUGCACACACUGCCAUUUAUUAGUUAUUCAGGGCAGUUGUCAGUUUGAGUUUUCUUUGAUUUCCAUGGACCUGAUUCACAAAGCUGACAAAAAUAUAACUGAUUUUUUUUCUCCCGCUAAAUGUAACUGAUCAUUUUUCUAUCAAACUCAAAAGCUAUGACCAAACUCAAGCAUGUGAUUAAAAUUUGUAGAAUAUUUUUUGGUUUUUUUUACUAUGGCUCAUUAGCUUUGCCUUAUUUUCAGCUUUUUUUUUCUUUUUUGGUUGUUAAAGCAUUUUUAUGGUGGUUCUUCUGCACAAAAUGCACUGCGCAAUGCGUUUUUGAUCUAAAUAAAGAUUGUUCAACAGUU